AUGACGACUAACUUUACUGAGGUGAUUGAUUUCUUCGGCCUCAACUGCCCCAAUGGCGGCAAAUACUACAUCUGUGCCGGUAGCUGGGUCGAGUUCAUGGGUUGCUGCACUAGCGACCCGUGUGCGGACGGCUCAGGCAUCUGCCCGACCAAGGACCACCGACCGGCAGGCUAUAACGCGACCCGUCUGGCUGCGGCUACGGCUGACAUCCCGGGCGAGUCGACGACUGAGAAGCUGUACAAGUUCCCCGUGACGUGCUACGGCGAGCAGGGCUGCCAGGCACAGAAAUCCGACAAGCCGUAUAUACCUGUCGUGUCUGAAGUGUCGCUGCAGAGUGGCCUUCCACCACAACAUGGUUCUGCAGUGGCUCUCACAGCCUCUGGAAGCUGGGGCGAUGGUCCAAAGCGCCUACACUCCUGGAAUGCCAACAAGGUUUCGGGUUGGUUAGGAGAUACCUUUCUUACCCUCAUUCCAGUUAUUUUCAUAGUUCUCGCCGUCAUUGCCAUGAGUCUGGACCGCCAACCCAAAUCGGACUUUGGCCAAAGAGCUAUGGAAUGGACGCGUCUUAGCCCCACCGUAUACCCCAUCAUCUUUGCCGCGGUCGCUGGCAGGUUCUAUAAGAAUCUCGCUCGUUGGUGCCUAGAAAGACCAGACGGCAUCGGCCUCGCAGUCCUCGAGCAGAUAUUCGGCAGCCAGAGCUUUGCCGCAGCCUUUGAGCGGCUCUGCUUUGUCCGGACCAAGGUCCUCAUCGGCAUGGCUAUCAUACUGACAUGGGCAAUGUCUCCCCUUGGUGGCCAGAGCGCCUCGAGACUUCUGUCCUUUGGAAACAGCAGCGCCUCUGCGGAUGCCGUCAUCUACUACGCCGACCCUGCCUAUCAGAAGUCCAACUUCCUUCUCUGGGACUCGGCCGUAACCAGCAUGUCGAGCGUGGAGGCGCUGUACUCGUCGAGCCUCAUGUCAUCUCUCGAGCAGAAGCGCUCGCCGAGAGACCUCUGGGGCCUGCCCAAGAUUCCCCAAUGGCCACGAGACCUCGACGGCCAGACGCACAACAUCGACAGCGAUGCCCUCCGCACGGGUGGUAACUACUACGCAUCCCUCCUGGGCAUCAAGAUGCACGGGCUGGACCUCCCGAGUGGCCACGCCGACUACACCUUCACUGUCGAGACGUCAUACCUCGACUUUGACUGCAAACACACGCACUCGAUUGACCUACGGGUGAAGCCGAGGGACAACGAGACUGCUGUCCUCGAAAUGUGGCAUGCCGAUGUAAACUCAACUCGAUAUCCCCUGGCGGUUGACGACGUACCCUUUAUCGUCAACGUUUCGCUUCCGGCCAAGUGGAAUGACUGGAUGAGCCUCGAGAACCCGCCGCCACUGUCCAUGCGGUACAUGUCCCGCUGGGCGGACUUCAUGCCGUGGAUGACAACGCAGUUGAUCGUAAUAGACUGUAGUAUGGAGAGCGUCACGCUCGAGACGGAUAUGCAGUGCAGUGGGACGAGCUGCGAGGCACACCGACAGCGGCGGCUCAAGAACAAGCAGAGGCCGGGUAACCGGUUUCCCGACCUCAUGCUCCAGAAGGCGAUGAAGCUGUCCAACGCCUUCUCGCUAUGGGCCAACUCGACUGGUAGCCUGGCCCUCGGCCUCGCUUCGCCAAUUGAGAACUACUUCAUCGACGAGACGUUCCCGUACUCAGGACAGCCGGCUAGGAACUGGACCAAGGUCGAUACGUCCAAGUUCGAGAAUGCCUUUUCGAGGCGGUUCACGACGGCCUUCAACACGUAUUGGGACUCAACCUUGAAUCCCAAUGGUCACACCAACGUCUCAUUCCAAACCGACCCCAGCAUCAAUACCGUCUCGGUUGAGCAUUCUAAUCUGUCUCCAUUUAUGAAUUCCACAACAGGCACAGUCAAGGUGACCAAGGACUUGUAUAUCGCGAACCGCCUCUGGAUUGGCCUGUUGCUGCUCACAACCUUGAUCCUUAUGGUCCUCGCCAUCUGCGGUCUUGCGCUGCAGGCCUUCAUCCGGGGUCCAGACGUGCUGGGAUACGCGAGCACCCUGACACGAGACAAUCCCAAUGUGCCUGUGCCGCCAGGUGGAUCGUACCUCGACGGUCCCGAUAGGGCGAGACAGCUCAAGCACCUACGACUACAGCUCGCUGAUGUGCGUCCUCAGGGCGCCACGGGCUAUGUUGCGGUAAGGUCUAUUCCGAUGAUGGGGGAUGACGAAAAGUAUGCUGGUCCGCUGGAUCAGAAGAGAUUGUACGAAUAG